AUGUCCUCAUCAAAUCCGAAAUCUCACGAGAAGCUGUUCGAGGGUGUUCGUAAUUCGGCUACGGGAAUUCAUACGGUGUCCAGCAACCCCCAUCCUGCUCAAUAUCAUGACAAUUGCAUCUCUAUGCUCGCUGCUCCGCCGUAUCAUCAUUUCCCUCCUCCGAUCCCCGAGCCCUGGAAAUCCGGCAUCUGUGGCUGCUUCUCCGAUAUGAACAGCUGCUGCUUAACAUUCUUCUGUCCAUGCAUUACUUUUGGCCAGAUUGCUGAGAUCGUAGAUAAAGGCUCUAUAUCUUGCGCGGUAAGUGGAGUAAUUUACACGGCGAUAUAUUGUUUGACUGGUUGUGCUUGCAUCUAUUCCUGCUUGUAUCGUUCCAAACUGAGGCACCAGUAUUAUUUGGAGGAGAAACCUUGUUAUGAUUGUUUUGUUCAUUUCUUCUGCGAGUCCUGCGCCUUGUGCCAGGAGUACCGUGAACUCCAAAGUCGCGGUUUCAACAUGGCCAUCGGAUGGCAAGGAAAUACGGAUGGGAGGAACUAUGAUAUGGCAAUGGCUCCAGCCCCCCCAACGGUGGAGGGAGGCAUGAGUCGGAUAUAA